AUGGCGCUGUCGCCGAGACCUCGCGCCGCGUCGGGCAGCCACGCCGCGCCCGCUCUCGCCGCCGGCGCCCUGCCGGAGGACGCCAUCUACGAGAUCCUGCUGCGCCUGCCGGCCAAGGAUCUCUGCCGCCUCCGCGCCGUCUGCCGGCCAUGGCGGUCCCUCCUCUCCGACCCGGCUUUCGCCGCCGCCCACGCGGCACGCCACCCGGAGCCUCUGAUCGUCGCGGGCUACACGAGUCACUCCGUCAUGAACGACGAUGGCAUCCUCUUCGACAUCAUGGACCAAUCCGGCCGCGUCGUCAGGCGGAUCCGGCAAGCGAACAACAAAGAAGGGCACAAUGAACGGAUGGUACUGGUACCCACGCAGGGCGACCUCGUCUGCCUCGUGCAACAUUGGUGCCGCAGGAGCUGCCGAUUGCUCAACCCGGCAACCGGAGCCGUUCACGUCUUGCCGGAAGGAUUGGCAGAAGAACAUGCGAUGCACGAGGGUAAACUCGCUUACUGCGCAUUGGCGUUUGGGCAGGUUGCCGCGACCGGUGAGUACAAGGUCCUUCGUGUGUUCCGUGGCUAUUUGCCCCACGGUAGGGAGCUUUGUGAGGUCUUCACCCUCAAUGGUGGCAGCCAUGGUCGGUGGAGGGGAAUAAGGACGGCCCCUCCACGUAAUGUCAUCUUGAAUUUGUUGAACAUUGUGACGAUCUGCAAUGGGAUUGUGUACUUCUUGUCGAUCGAGCAUGUUCCGGGAGAUUUUAUUCUAGACGACACUAUAGCUCCAUUCAACCUCGAGUCAGAAGAGUGGAUGCCAACUAUCCGAGGGCCGCUAAGCAGCCUAGAGAGAGCGAAGAACAACGACAGAAGUGUGUUAUCACUGGCGGUUCUGAAUGGUUGCUUAGUUCUGUCUCAGCACGUAGUUCCUUCCUCUAUGGACAUGUGGUUCCUGAUGGACGUCGACAAGGGCUUAUGGGUCAAGCAACAUUGCAUACAAUUUGAAUUCAGCUAUUGGCAAAUUAUGCACCCAGUACACCCUUUGCUCGUGUUAAGUGAUGGGAGAAUAGUGCUUAUCCACAUGGCAGAUAGGGGGUUACUGAAAAUGUACAAUCCAAGAAUCGGCACCUGUACAGAUGUGGCAGAGAUUGGGCCUUGUGAUGAAAUUGGUUUGUACACAGGAAAUCUACUGAGCUUGGCAAACGGCCCCAGUCAAUGA